AUGUCUGACUCUACCGAUCGAAAAGGAGAUGCCUACGAGGUUCAAUCAGAGUCCGAGUCUGAACCGCAACAACAGCAACAGCCCAACGGCACAAAUUCCAUGCAGCGCGCCCCUCAACAAGUACAGCAGCAGCAGCCGCAACAGCAACAACAACAACCUUACCCAUAUCCAUAUGCUCAAGAGCAACAACUUGCUGAAAGCGGCCAGAGACGAGGCGCCCUUCGAGAAUCGAGAAUUAAGGACCGCCCACAGCCCAAGGAGACGCGAGACAGCAGCUUGAAGAUCAAGAUCGAGUUGGAUCUCGAGGCUGAGGUUGACCUGUAUGCGCGAGUGAAGGGUGAUGUGACUAUCGGAUUACUGUGA